ACACACGCUACUGUUCGCUGAAAUGGAAGGAUUCUUUAGAAUUACACUCAUCGGUGUCUGUGUGCUUUACAUUAACGGCCAAUAUUAUCAUGAAUUUGGACUGAUUGAAGCAUACGGUGACUCAGAUCAAGAAGAUUUCAUUGUCAAAUUUGAUGAUGAACAUAUGGCACAUGUAGACUUCAAAGAGCAGAAAUAAAUCAUCACGUUACCUGACUUUGCUGGCCAAAUUGAGAUUCCUUCCCUGUAUGAGGAUGCUAAAAAGGGAGUAUCUAUUUGCAAAACCUUCUUUGACAUGCUUAAAGAGGUAUAUGCCAAUUCAUCUGAACCACUUGGUAAGAGAUAAAACAGGCAUAAAAAUAUUUUACUGAAAUGUUUUAAAUGUCAUAUUAUGAUUGGUGGUUUCUAUCUUUUCCAGAACCCCCCUGGAGCUCAAUUUAUCCCAAAAGUGAUCCACAGUUGAAUGUCAAGAAUACCCUGAUCUGUCAUGUGAUUGGAUUCUUCCCUCCACCUGUCAGAGUCUCGUGGACCAAGAACAAUGUGAAUGUGACAGAUGAAUCAACUCUCAGCAGAUAUUACCCCAACAAAGAUGGGACACUGAAUGUUUUUUCUCGACUCAGCUUCAUUCCAGAGGAAGGAGACAUUUACAGCUGUUCUGUGGAGCACAAAGCCCUUCAACAACCUCAAACCAGAGUAUGGGAUGUGGAGAUAACAGAGUCUAGCAUCGGUCCAUCAGUGUUCUGUGGAGUUGGUCUGGCUCUUGGGCUGCUGGGUCUCACCACUGGAGACUUUUUUAUUGCCAAAGGAAACUGAUACAAUAACACUGACAACUGUAGAUGUUAUUUUGUUUUAGUUCUCACGUUUAGUUGCUCAUGUGCUUAAGUUACAAUAGAAUUUAUUUUAGUGUUAAUUUAGUUCAUUUAUGUUUUCAGGGUUCUAUAUUGUAAUACACAGCAGCAGACAUGUUACACCUGCAAUAAUGUACAAUAGCUGUAAGUCUUCGUAAGACAUGAUAUAAUAUUCUACUUUUGCAUAGUGUGGUGGAUAUAUUUAAUGCUAUGUACAGUAGCUGCAUUAUGGUUCA